GAUACCCAUUAACCCCAUUUUCAAACAUACACAUGUAGAAAUUUUCUCUCUCUUUGUGUAUACAAACUUCAUACAUAUUCAUAUAUGCAAAGUGAGUGAUCUUUUUUGGAGAAUUGGGUAUUGCUUUAUUGAUUUGAUGAUAUUGGAAUUUUGAUUUCAAGAUUCUAUUCAAAUUUUUUAUUUUUCUUCUAUGGGUGUUUAGAAGGAUUUAGGCUUUUAGAGUUUUGAAGUGGGGAAAAAAAGGUUUCUUGAAGACUUAGCUGUUGUUGGCUUAAAGUCGGAAGGCAAUGAAUUCUUCAACAUAUAGUCAAUUUGUUGCUUCUAAAAGGAUGGGUAUAUGUGACCCAAUCCAUCAGAUUGGCAUGUGGGGAGAUUUCAGAGGUAGCAGUUUCCCAGAUACCUUGAUUCUUGAAGUCGAGAAUUGCCUCGAGAAUGAGAUGCCUAUUAUGGAGAAAAGACUAGAGAAUGAGAUAGAGGAACCAUCACAAGUGACAGUUGGAACGUCUAACAGAUAUGAACCUGAAACAACUAAACGUAUUGAUAAGGUGCGUAGACGCCUUGCACAAAACCGCGAGGCUGCUCGUAAAAGUCGUUUACGGAAGAAGGCCUAUGUCCAGCAGUUGGAAAAUAGUAAACUGAAGCUGCUUCAGCUGGAACAAGAACUAGAACGUAAUAGACAACAGGGUUUGUAUGUAGGUGAUGGUUUAGAUGCUAGUCAGAUAGGUUGCUCUGGAACCGCAAAUUCAGGAAUAGCUUCUUUUGAAAUGGAGUACGGCCAUUGGGUGGAAGAGCAAGAUAGACUAACAGAUGAUUUAAGGAAUGCUCUGAACUCCCAAAUGGGUGAAAUAGAAUUGCGCAUUCUUGUUGAGGGUUGCUUGAAUCACUAUUUUGAUCUCUUUCGCUUGAAAGCUACAGCCGCAAAUGCCGAUGUUCUCUACCUUAUGUCUGGCACAUGGAAGACAUCAGCUGAGCGCUUCUUCUUGUGGAUUGGGGGGUUUCGCCCCUCCGAACUUCUAAAGGUUCUCACGCCACAUGUGGAACCAUUGUCAGAUCAACAAAUCCAGGAGGUUAGCAACCUCACCCAGUCUUGUCAGCAGGCAGAAGAUGCGUUGUCCCAAGGAAUGGUAAAACUCCAUCAGAUUCUUGCUGAGGCUGUUGCAGCUGGUACACUAGGCGAAGGAGUAAUCCUUCCACAGAUGACCGCUACCAUUGAGAAGUUGGAAGCUCUAGUUAGAUUUGUAAAUCAGGCAGAUCAUCUUCGCCAAGAAACCCUUCUACAGAUGUCCUGCAUACUGGCUCCGCACCAAUCAGCUCAGGGUCUCCUUGCCUUAGGAGAGUACUUUAAACGUCUUCGUGCUCUUAGCUCACUUUGGGCUGGACGUCUUUGUGAACCGGCUUAAAGAAGUAAGAAAGAAGCGGUGGGUUUUCAACUUUGCCAAUCCAAGCUGUGUGAGCUAAGUAACAAGUAUGAGUUGGCGCUCAUUUGAAAUGUGUAUAUAAGUUCUGGUUAUGCUGUAAUUGAAACAUUUUCUUUUGUUAUCACAUUGGUUUUGAUGAUUGUAAAUCAAUAUGGUAGAGGUUAUUGCCAGAGUCGUUACUCCAAGUUGUGCCUCUCUGUAUUUAAUUGUCUAUGAUGGGAGCCAAGCAAUUUUGAAUGCUUUGCAGAUAAAACAAAAUGAGCCAAUAUUUUAUUGUGCAAAA